ACAGAACAGGGGAAGGAUGUUGGGCUCGACGUCGGUCGAUCUGCAACCGCAGGAAGGGAAAGAUUGUCUCCACUCCUUCCCCUCCCUGUUUCUCUCCUCCGCGGCCGGAGCGAAAAAUCGAAACAAGCGCGAGACUUUUCCGAACGCCCUUCGCGCCGCCGGGGAUGAGAAUGCAGUGUUGGGACACAUUCAAGCACCCUCUUAAGAAUGUCUGGAUCGGCGUCGCCACGCGCCUCGGAAUGCGCAAAAGCGGACUGCUGGAGCUGCGACAUGAUGUGAAGAGGUGCGAGUACGAUGAUGUACAUGUGAUGUGGGAGAUGUUAGAGAGAAACGAGAAGGAGAUUGCCCAGUCGUCCAGGCGGAUCAAGAAAAGAUCGUUCUGGAGUAUCUUCGGAUGGGCUCUGUGUGCUCCAAACCUUUGUAGCGGUGUUUGACCGACACACCGGAAUCACUUUGCUUGCAAGCACACUGGCGUAGUAUAUCCGAACAGAGAAGCGGCCGACCAGAAAUAAGGGACGAUCUCACUCCCAUUUACCGGAGUUUCCUUUCCCCUUCAAGUAAGCCAUCUGUAGAUAUUAAAAAGUGCCUCCCAGAUGGAUGUAGUGCAUUCCUUCUGUUCCCUACUCACCACGCUUGCGCUUCUACGGAAUAAGUUAGCUCCGUAUAUACUUCCUUGCCUGUACUAAAUUGAAGAACAUAAUCUGCUAUUUUACGUGUAUAUUACUGUACUGGUGCCUCA